ACAUAUGAGCUUCCACCAUAUGAAGACGGUGUGCCUUGGACAGUCACCAGCCUUGCCGAAGGAGAGCGAGCUGUCGCCAGCCUGGCCAACAACAUCAAGCCCAGUCGCCUCGUGGUGCUGUCCACCCACACCCGCCCCAUGCCGGAGCUGGGGGAGCUGCUGUCCAGCCUCGCCGCCCACCACACCGGCGACAUCAGCCUGAUGCCUCUGGACUCCUUCUGGAGGCCGGCAGGACUGUGGGGUGGAGACAUCGGAUUCAUCCUCGACAAAUUUAGUGACCGCCUAGAUACCAUUUACGGCUCUUUUGAUACCAUGUACGACUCUGCACAAGUCUGUGAAUACUUUCGCAAGCAACGUCUCGUCGCCCAAAUGCAGAGAGGUAGAAUCACGGCUCCCAAACUUCAAACAGGGGCAACUAGAGCGAGGACUUUCAAGAUCGGUGUACGUUUUGACUGCAACUUUUUCAACUGGCCUGUAUAUUUCCCAAAGAAAAUAGACGAUGUUUGUUGUGUACGAGGAACACCCCUCAGCGUCAGCUCAAAUUUGAGGCAGCGAGGUUGUAGCGUCACCCGCUGGCACUUCCCAGACCUCUGCGACGAGGACUUGGCCUGGAUGACCGGCAUCCUGUACUAAUUCAGGGAUUCUCGCCUGCGUGUGGUCUUACCGAGAAAUGGCCUCACCGCUACGGGCGCUCGUCGGCUGUUCGAGGAGCUCCCCCAAAUCCGGGAGGUAUACCACGACCCUGACGCGGCGCACCUGACGUCAGCUGGCAGUGCACCUGAUCUCACCUUCAUCGAGUUGUCAACGAACAACAUCAUUCAAUGGCUGUAAAAUGCUGCGGCGUGGUAGUAGGUAUGUCACGGCAGGAAUCUAACACAGUA